GUUGCGAAGAUAUCUCAAGGACAAAGGCAAGGGAAUUAGUGAGAAAUCUUCACCAUCGGUUGGAAGUUCGCUGAUAGGCGAGUGUGAUCUGCUACAACAACAACACACGGAACUUCUUGAAGUUGACGCCUUCAACCAAGAAGAUAUGUUGGAACCUAGGUCUGUGUUAACAGAUUUAAAGACAGAAAGACGAAGUUUAUGUGAAAACCAAGAGGUAGAAACCGAUGAAAAACUCUUCAGUGUGGCUUCUGAUGAGGAAGAUGAACUGAUACAAUAUCUCACAGGCGAGAAGACAGAAUUUGUGCCUCCAUGUUUAAAGCUUAUUCCAAAGCCAACAUCGGAGAAUUCCAAUAAUUUCAGCCCUAUACAAACUGACAGUGAUGGACAAAGCCUUUGUAUGUCCAAAAAUGCAAUAGCAGCUCGAGAAACACGUCAGCGCAAAAAACAAUACUUAGGAACACUAGAAAACACAGUAAAAAACCUGCGAUCAGAAAAUGUAAAUUUGAAAAAUGAAACAAAACGGAUGAAAUCUCACAUCUCUGAACUAAAUGAAGAAGUGUGUUAUUUAAGAAGUGUGUUGGCAAAUCAGAGCGUAUUAGCAGGACUUCUUCAGAACAUUCAAAAUACACCAGGUGUGAGAUUUCGAAGCUCCCUUAUCCAGAAUCAGGGUGGGCAAAAAAUGGAGCCAAAGAAGCCUACAGCAGCUGUCACAGGAAUGGUGAAGUCAAAGCCAAGCAAGAGAAAACGUGAAGAUUAUUCCUCCCGGGGGAGAGUCACAGAUUCAUUUGACAAGGUGAAGAUGGCAAAUCUUGACCAUGGAUAUGCUGCAGAACCAAAAGGAGUUUUUGAAAACAGGAAUAUAGGAAAAAGCGAUGCAGAGUAUGUGGAAAAUGCGGACCCAGAUGACAAAGUGGAUGGUUGUUUGUCAGAAAAUCCCAUAAGUGGAGGAAUUUGUCUACAUGUUUCAAAUGGCUCUGUGUCAUUUGAGUUUUGUGCUGAGUGCAGUAAGAAGGCUUUGUGUGGUCAAUGAAAAGCAGAUACCUCAGGCAACAUCAUUAGUGAUAUGCCUCAGCACAUCUUAUCUUCAGGUGGAAGUCACAGAAAUAUUUGGUCGGUAUCAAGAAAUGUAUUUGUGAUCCCUCUUUGAAUGCAGUGGAUGUACCAUUUUAAAAAGUUAACUUUUCAUGUGGAGAUAAAGAAUAAACAUCUCAAAGUUCAAACAUAAUUUCAAGUCCCGGCAUGUCUUCAGUUAUAAUAGACAAACAAUUAACAGACUUUAUUUAGUUCCAAGUCAGUGUCAUAGUGUGUUACAGGUUUGACCAAAAACGAGAUUGUCAUUCAAAAUUGGGAAAGGUGGUUGUGUGGGUACUGGAAUUUUGAGCAGUCCAACUUUCCAUAAAGUAAACUCCUUUUUGGUCAUACUGACAAAUGUUCCAUGUGGAUGUUAAUUUUUUUUUUCUUUUUGUGGUGAGUGAUGUUGUCUAAACAAUUUUCACUCUACAUUUUCAGUGAUGGCGAAGCAUCUUGCAGAUAUUUAUCACCAUGAACUAGAGGACAUGAUGGUGUAGUAUAACUGUUAAAAUGGUCUGUGUCAUCUUUUUAUCAUUUCUUAAUUGUUUUUUUUCUGAAAAUGCUUCAAAUUCAAGCCCUGUUGUUAAGAUUGUUUUACCUAACAAAUACAGGGUUAGAUAUAGCUACAUAGUAUUGGGGAAGGGCACUAUGAGCGCAGAAUCACUGCUUGGAAUUUCCAAAAUGUUUUUUGGAUCUCUGUGAAAGUGUAAGUACUGCUUGUUAAAAAGUACGUAAAUACUCAAGCCUUAAAAAGAAAAAAAAGUUAUAAGGACCAAUGUAGCAGUUAUAUUCUGAACUCCUAGUGCAGGGAUGGGUCAGAAGUUAGGCCUUCAAAAGGGUUUGGGCCACGCCUUCAUUGUACAUGGUAUGAUAUGUGUUUCUCUUUUUGUUGUAGGAGAUGCUGAACUUGGCUUGAACAUUAAUCAGAGAAGCGAUUCUGAAAUUUGUUCUUUCUUCUUUUUCACAAAUGGUAAUGUAUUUGGCAGAAGGGCCAAUUUUCAAAUUGAUAAUUUUAAUGCUGAUGCCUUCAAAUGUCCAAGUCGAUGUGCUGAUGUCGAAACCUGUAUUAUGUUUUAUAAGUGAGCUGUAUAUAUUUGAUGUGUGGUUCAAUGUCUCAUGUGUAGUUAAAGUGGUAUUUAGUCAAGGGUUAUGUUUCAUUUGUAACAUGUAUGAUGUAUAAGCCCAUGUUACAUAUGUGAAAGCAUAGGAAGUGGUUAACACCAUUCCCUUGUAAUUUAUUAUUUACCAUAAGCCAGCGAUGCCUGUUUAUUCAUUCCUGAUCAUCUGCUUUCUUUGGUGUUGUACAUGGGAUGAUUUUGCUAGAGCCCAAAGUAGUUGUAAAGUUUUGGCUUCUUUUUCAUGAAUUCAACAAAUGAAGAAAAACAAAGUGGAAAGUCUAGCAAGCGUUGCAACCAUGUUGGAUGUCUGACUAAGUGUGUGUUUGUCUCAGGCCUUCAUAUCACCCACCUGUUGGCCUUGGGGGUGAGAGAGGUGUGUAAGUAUGGCAUGAGUAAUGGUGUAAGUAUAGAUCUGACUGCGUUUGCUUGGCUAGGACUCUUUAUUAUGUGGAAUGGUGAAACCAGAGGUAUUUGUAAUUUGUUUUGGUGAGUCAUUUGGUGUCUUCCAAACUUUGCAUGAUUACUUUUUACAAAAAUCUGACGACACUGAUGCGAGGUAAAUAUUUUUCUGUAUCAUGUAGAGCACGACUGAAAUAAAUGAAUUAGUGCGUAACUACAAUAAUCUUGUUUAUCAAAAUAAGGUGAACUUGCAUCUUACCAGGUCUCAAAAAGAUCUUGGAAAUAUCUUUAAGAAAACAACAUAUCUCUAUUUUUGCCUAUGUAAUGCAUGUUAAUUUGCAAAAUGUCCUGACAAAAUUAAGGCUAUUGGGAAGACAACUUUAUUUUCCUGUGAAAUUGCACAUGAUAUGAUUAUAGUGAAGGAAAGAACAUGGGACAAGCUCUUCAUGGAAACAUAAGACAUGGGAAGUUAAUGUGGAGGUAAACUAAAAGGGUUAUUUUUAUGUGUACAGAAAGCUGUAGAAGUUGUAUACACAAUUUCACAUGCAGGGCUUGUUCCAGUAGAAAAUAAAAUUUUUGCCUGAUUUUAAGUUAAUAA